AUGGCUUAUAGAAGAGUGGGAAUUCAUGGACUGCAGCAGCAGACUAGAAACAAGGAAGAGUUUCAAAAAGCAGGAGAGGCAUUGGCCAUACAGCAACUAGAGCAGAUGAAGAAUCUGUUGGCUACAUUCAAGACUAAUCUGGAGGAAUUUGCUACCAAACACAAAAAGGACAUCAAGAGAGAUCCAGUAUUCCGCAUGCAUUUCCAACGCAUGUGCAAUAAUGUGGGUGUAAAUCCGCUGGCUUCUAAUAAAGGCUUUUGGUCCGACAUUCUUGGGUUUGGCGACUUUUACUAUGAAUUGGGUGUCCAGAUUGCAGAGGUUUGUCUAGCUACUCGUGAACGAAAUGGAGGACUGAUCGAUCUGGGCGAGCUCAUGCAAUUGGUAACUAAAAUGCGAGGCAAGACUGCUCAAGCCAUUUCCAUGGAUGAUAUUAUACGGAGUAUCAAGGCACUCAAACCACUUGGAAACGGAUUUGAUAUUGUCACAAUCGGAAGUCGAAGUAUGGUACAAUCAGUUCCUCGAGAGUUGGAUGGUGAUUCAACAAAAGUACUCUCGCUUGCCGAGAGUAAAGGAUAUGUUAGUGUGCAGAUGGUCAAAUCCGAUCUUGGCUGGGAAGAUGAACGCAUUUCAAAAGUACUGCAAACCAUGCUUAAAGAUGGAAUAUGUUGGAUUGAUACACAGGAUCGAGUUCAUACAUAUUGGGUAUCCGGGUUUUUUGGCUGA